GUGUCUUUACGUUAUGGUGGAUUCGUUUUGUGUAAAACGAGUACAUACAUUGUGAUUUUACUGAAAAGAUGCGAAGUUAAAAUGGACGGUGCCGUGUAAAUCAAAUCAAUUUCUUGUUGAUCAAUUAAGUAGUAAUUUAACUGUAGUGAAAACAUUAGGUUUUAUAAUUUUAAGCGAUAUAGAUACAUUAACUGCUAUACCGUUAAAAAGUCGUGUCAAUCCUGUGAUAAAUUUGAAGCUUCUUUAAUAAAAUAUCAAGAAUGUCUUAUCCAGGUCGUCCUCCAAUUAUGCAAGGGCUUCCCAUGUAUAUGCCCAUGGGGGCGCCAACGGCUCCUCUAAUGCCAGCUGUUAUGCCUAUACAACAUAUGGUACCCAUUCAGGUAACUAGUGCACCUCAAAUUAGGGCUUUUCCCAAGCUAAAUCCCAAUAGAGAACAGCAGAAGCAAAAUCAAGGUCCAGCUGUAACUGUUUUUGUGGGUAACAUUACAGAGAAAGCCCCAGAUGUUAUGAUCAGACAAAUUCUAGCUACUUGUGGACAUGUACUUAGUUGGAAGAAAGUCAAGGCAUUCGGAUUUUGUGAAUUAGCUGGACCAGACGCUGGUUUGAGGGCUGUGAGACUUCUGCAUGAUCUUAUGAUAGGAGACAAACGUCUUGUAGCAAAAGUAGAUGCUAAAACAAAAACAGUUUUAGAUGAAUAUAAAGCCGAAAGAAGAAAAAAGCAAACGGGAUCCACUUCUCCACUUCAGGAUGAACCUGAAGAAGAAGAACUUGAUGAAGAAACACAAGCUCUCGAUGCAACAGCAUCAGAAAGAAUCAAACAAAUCAUGAAGGAAUAUGAGGAAGAAAUGACCAAUUAUGAGUCCAAAAAAGAAGUUUUAGCUGAAGCAGAAGUGGAGGAAGAAAAGAGAGAUCUAAUCACCAGAGAAAUAGGGAAGUUUCGUGAAAUCAUGAAAAAACAAGAAGAAGAAAAAGAAGUCCGAAAGAAAAAGGAAGAACAGAAAGAAAAAUCAACUCGAGACCGGGACAGAUCUCAUACCCAUUCACCUAGUCCGAGGAGAAGAGAAAAAGAUGAGAAGAAAAGAAGACGAUCAAGAUCCAGGUCACAUGAAAAAAGUCGGGAAAGAGACAGAGACAGGGAACGUGAAAAGGAAAGAGAACGUGAUCGUGAUAGAGAAAGAGAGCGAGAACGUGAAAAAGAACGGGAGCGUGAGAGAGAACGCGAUAGAGAUAGGGAACGAGAGCGUGAUAGAGACAGAGAGCGAGAAAAGGACCGCGAUCGAGAAAGAGACCGAGACGAUCGUAGAAGUAGUAGAGAUAUGUUGAAAGAAAAAGAAAUGGAAGAAGAGGCCAAGGAGAAGAAGAAAGCCGAAAGGAGAGCAAGAGAAAAGGAAGCUGCCUAUCAAGAACGGUUAAGAGCUUGGGAAACUAGGGAACGACGCAAAGCCAAAGAUUAUGAGAAAGAAAGAGAGAAGGAAAGAACAAAGGAAGAGGAAAGAGAACGCGACGCUAAAAGGUUAAAAGAAUUCUUGGAAGAUUAUGAUGACGAAAGAGACGACCUUAAAUAUUACAAGGGCAGAGAGCUGCAAAAGAGGUUAGCUGAGCGUGUAAAAGAAGCAGAUGGAGAUGGACGCGAUAGAAUAAAGGAAAAGGAAGAAAUAGAAGAACUUAAAAAUAGGAUAUUUUCAGGCGAACAUGAAGAUCCUAGUGCGGAAUUCGAAAGGAUAAAACGCGAAAGGGAAGAACAAUAUAAACCAAAGUUAUUGAUUGAUGUAAAUUUAGAGCAUUGGAAACAGAAAGAAAGGGAAAAGGAGAGGGAAUUGGAAAGGCAAAAAGCCCGCGAAAGAGAAAGAAUGCGGGAAUUGGAUAGAGAAAGAGACAGACAACGAAAACGAGAAGAACGAGAAAAGUACAUUAUGGAACAAGCAGCUCAGGAAUUAGCAGCAGUGGAGGCGGAACCAAUCGAUAGUGAUAGUGAUAUGGAAGCUGAUAAUCAUUACAGUCCUGCUCCUCCUGAACCAGACCCUGUUUCUAUGGAUAAUUCUAAUUCGGCUCAGUGGACCCAAGUGCAAGCUCCAGACGAAGAUUCCAAGCAUUCGUUUAUAUCAAAUCAUGACGAACACGUAGUUCCACCUACCAGUACGGGAAUGAAGAUCACCUUAGCUAAACCAAUUACUUUACAAUCACCAACUAGAGAUUCCAAACGACGAAAAUCGGAUCUUAGAGAAGUGUUUAAUCCAGAUGAGGACGAUAGCAAUACUCAAAUUAAAAAACGGAAAUUAGUACCCUUAGAUUAUAACGAAGAUAAAAAAUCAAAAAGAGAGAAAGAAAAUGGUGAAAGCAAAAAAUCAGAAGAAUCGAAAUCUCAAGAGGAAAAACGUAGAAAUAUCAAAUCUUUAAUAGAACGAAUUCCAACUGAAAAAGAAGCCCUAUUUGCGUAUCAUCUAGACUGGAGUGCCAUAGAUAGUGUUCUUAUGGAAAAGAAAAUUAGACCGUGGAUAAAUAAGAAAAUAAUAGAAUAUAUAGGGGAACCAGAACCAACGCUAGUAGAUUUUAUUUGUUCAAAAGUAUUAGCUGGCUCACAGCCUCAAGUUAUAUUAGAAGAUGUGCAAAUGGUUUUGGAUGAAGAAGCAGAAGUAUUCGUUGUGAAAAUGUGGAGGUUGUUAAUUUAUGAAGUGGAAGCAAAAAAGCUAGGCAUAGGAAAAUAGUGACAUCUUUUGAUUGUACAUAUGGACCUCGUUUUAUUUAAUUAAGGCUAAGUUGUCAUACUUUAUCUUCAUAAUAGAUAUUCAAUCAUUUUGCAAAACAUAUUUUUGUAUGUUCUGUUAUCAAUUAUUUACAUGACCUAAUUAUUGUAUCUAUCGAUAAUAAAAAAUACGUUCAACGUU